CUUCGGGUCCGCCGUUGCUGUCGGACCCCGUUCCCCGACCGUGCACUUUGACGGUGCCAGGGAGGGGAAUGCAUGAGAGUGAUCUUAGGGCUCCGUUGGGCCUACAAUCGGGCUAUCGUCGACCGUGUGGUUGGUAACCCUUCGGUGAUGAAAGGGUUGGUUGAUAGAUGAGGAAGAUCGAGAACUUUGGUGGACCUGGCCGGCAAGCAGAAAGCCGGUGGCUAUGCUUGAUGAUCAUUAUGUCUUAUUAUGCCCUUUCUUCCCUUUGUUUUCUGCUCUUGAUAUUCUUUUCUGUUGUAUUCAGACAAAACCAUCGAUAUGAACUGGCUAGCAGUCGGAACCGGCGUAGGGGCCACACUUGGGAAUCCGAUGAAAACAAGUCCAUGAGAGGAUCGAGAGUACUGGCAAUCAGCAAUGAUUAAGAGGAAGAGUCUACAUGCAAAUGCAGCAAUUGGAAGUCUACU